UCAUUCAAAUCAAAAUCUAAAAUCCAAUCCUGUGUACCCCUUUUAAUAAAUACAAAUAAAAGCCCCCCAAAGCUUUCCCACCUCUUUUCAUUUUUCCUUCUCUGCAGUCCCUUCCUCUGCAGUCUCCAGCACUCCGUCUCAGGUGAGAAAUGGCGGGAAAAGGAGGGAAGGGGCUAUUGGCGGCGAAGACCACGGCGGCUAACAAGGAUAAGGACAAGGACAAGAACAAGAAGGCGCCCGUCUCCAAGUCAUCUCGGGCCGGUAUCCAGUUUCCUGUGGGAAGAAUUCAUCGGCACCUGAAAGCAAGGAUAUCUGCGAAUGGACGAGUUGGGGCCACUGCUGCUGUUUACUUGGCUUCAAUUCUUGAGUAUCUGACAGCGGAGGUGCUUGAGCUGGCUGGAAAUGCAAGCAAAGAUUUGAAGGUGAAGAGAAUCACACCCAGGCAUCUGCAGCUUGCUAUUAGGGGAGAUGAGGAGCUUGACACACUGAUCAAGGGAACCAUUGCUGGAGGUGGAGUCAUCCCUCACAUUCACAAGUCCCUUAUCAACAAAACCUCCAAAGAUUAGCCUCUUUGUACCUGAUUUCUCUAAGGCUGUUAACUGUAGGACCAACGUGUUUGACUUGUGACUCAUCUCCUUAUUUGGUAGUGUAGACUUUAUUUCCUCGUACAAGUCUGUUCAGAUGAGCUAGGUAGGUUUUAGUAUAUAUUGGUAAUCUUCUGUGUUCAUUUUCUUUAAAGUGGUGUCUUUGUUUAAGGUAGGAGUGCUGUUUGUUGAAUUGUUUUUAAAUGUGGUCUCUUAGCUAGCCACCUUUAACUAAUAUCUAUGGUUCUGUAAUAUGAUGAUUUGAUGAUGUUUAAAUUGGUUGGUCA